AUGAUCUAUGAGGAGACUCACUCUGAUGCUGAGUACUCGGCUCCUGGUACUCCGAGCUCAAUGAGCGAAGACAUGGACGAAUCUCCGGCGACCCCAAUCUCGGCCACCUCUUCCCGACAAAUAUUCCCAUCCGAGCGGAAAAUGCUACCUUGCCCGUUCGAGGGGUGCGAUAAGUCCUACAAUCGUCCGGCUCGACUCCAGGAGCAUAUUCGAUCACACAACAACGAAAGAAUCUUCAAGUGUGAGGACUGCGACAAGGCAUUUUUACGCACUUCCCACCUUCAACAUCAUGUCAAGAGUGUCCAUACAGGUGUUCGAGACUUCGUGUGCGACUACCCAGGUUGUGAGAAGAGCUUUGUGAACGGGUCACGGCUUCGCCGUCACGCCGCUACGCAUGAUGGCGAUGACAAGUACCGCUGUACCGAGUACCCACCUUGCGAGGAGACAUUCCGGAAGCACUCGACACUACAGCAGCACGUCAUGCUUGUCCACUUGAACCAGAAGCCAUUUCCAUGUAAAUUCGUGGACCCAAAGACCAAGGAGAAAUGCAACAUGGCCUUCGACAAGCCUGGUAAUCUACGAACCCACCAGAGCAGGGUCCAUUCCGAGAAGCGAUUCACUUGCGCAGAAUGUGCCGAAAAGAUGGAUGCUCAAUCGUCAGAUAUGGCCGACGACAAUACAACACAAGAUAUAUCAUUCCCCACAUAUGCCAGUUUACAAAGCCACAUUCGAAUUGUUCACCCACCCGCAUGUCCCGAGUGUCCAUUAGUCUGUUCCACAGCACGAGGGCUACGGCGCCACAUCGAGAUAGCCCAUGGGGACGUCACUCUGGAAGAACGAAAGAUCUUCCCCUGCACUUACCCCGGCUGCGACCGCAGCUUCACCAAGCAAGGCAACCUAAACGUCCACACUCGCACAGUCCACGAAGGCCAAAGACAGUUCGUCUGCGGCGAAACCGAUCUCUCAAACAACGAAAAAGUGGAGGGGUGGGAUGGCGUCGGCUGCGGCAAACGCUACGGCAACAACUCGACACUUAUUGAACACAUCCGCUGCACACACCUGGGAUACCCGAGUGCCAGACAACGACGUAACGCAAAAAAGGCGGCCAAAAAGCCGCAGAAUUCCGUUUCCACUCUUUCUGCUCUCACGGGCCAAGGCUACGCCGAGGAAACAGGACGGCAGAUCGCUUGCUUUUACCCGGAGUCGUGCCCGCAUCGUUUCCAUCGCAACUACGAUUUGUGGGUGCACAUGACUACCAAACACAGCUGCACCGAAGACGAGGUGCAAAAUCUCUUCAUGCAGCGCGCGUUGCUUACCGACGAAACCGCCCCCGGCGUCAACUCGCUGGGUAUCUAUGGUCUUGGAUAUGAUCAGGAUGGUCGGUCUUACUACGCGGCAGGAGACCACUCCUCGGAUGCUGCUUUCGGCUCACAGUCGAACGAUUCGUCUUAUCUCCCUAGUCAGCCGGGGUUGGAUUCUGAUUAUUUGAUGCAAUAUUGA